AUGAAUCAUGGGAAAUGUAGUUCAAGUCAUGGCGUGUCUCUGCGCAUUCAGCAGAAGCUGUACAGAUCCCUCCUGUAAUUCAUAUCGACUACCAUCCCAGCAUGCGCAACUGAUGGACACAUAUGGCGGAGAGCUAUGACUGAGGAUUUUGAUGAAGAAGUUGUUUUCGAGAACUCUCCGCUGUUCCAGUACUUGCAGGAUCUAGGACACACCGAUUUUGAAGCAUGUUCUCCCGUUUCUCAGGAGGAGGAGCCAAGCGCUGGUGGAGAGGAGGCACAGUUUCCUCAGGAUAUCCUCCCUUCUCAAAGAAAGGGUGGUGUUUGGAGGCUGGUUGAUGCUCUACACAGUCUGAAUCCUCUGCGUCGAAACAGCGCCACCCGCUGGCAGGAGCAGCAGCUGGAUGCUGCCUUCCGCCAGUAUUCCCUGCGCUGUCUGUUAUCUCAGGAUGUGCUGUUGCAGGAGGAUGUUGAGCUGAUCGAGCUCUUGGAUCCGAGCGUGCUCUCUCUGGGCUCCACUGAUACUGUCUGCCCCAGCGCCAGCACUGCUGUCCCAGCGCCACGCUACCUCUCGCCACCCUCUAUACGGGAUGUGUCUGUUUUGGUCGGGCUGCUAGCUGUCUUGCUCGGCAUAUGUUUUUCGUACCCUGACCACGAGCAGGCUCUGUGGCUGUGCGUUGUCCUGGUGUGUGUUACGUGUGCGUGGCGGGGUCUGUCUCUGUGGCGUAAGGCCGUUCUACAGCGGCGUGUUCAGUCUCUGGCCGUCCAGCUGGAGGGUUUGGUGAACAACAGCCGAGUGCUGACCAGUCUCUCUCGCAAGUCACUGCGACUCAUACAGGAGACAGAAGUCAUCUCACGAGGUUUCACCCUGGUGAGUGGCGCCUGUCCCUUUAACAGGGCAGGCCUGCUUCGCAGCCAGCAGCUGAUUGGUCUACGGAAGGCGGCCUAUCAGAGUCUUCGCUGCGCAUUCCGAGCCUCUCGCCUCGCCACAUGUGUCAUGCUCAAGUCAUAUCCGCUGAACUCGGAGAUUGACAAUGUCACCAACUACGUGUCCACCGUGCCAAUCAGAGAGCUUGGUCUCGGUCUGGGGGUGGAGCAUCUUUCUGACGAUCAGGCGCAAGAACUGACCAAUGAUUACAGUCUGCCUGCACUCAAGAUGUUGUUCCAGUUGUGGGUCGGGCAGAGCUCAGAGUUUUUCCGGCGAUUAGCUCUGCUGUUGUCUCCGGGGAGGGAGGAGCUAGAUUCCAGGCCCAGCCCCCUCACGUACAGCAGUGUACCGUUGAUUACUGACUCUCUCCAUCGCACUCUGGCCGCUGUCCUUGGAAAUCUUCAACGCAGCUUUGAUUUCCAUCGCUACUUUGAAAUGCAGCACCAGUCGCUGCCCGCAGAAAGAAAUGGACGUGCUCAACAGAAGUGUAGAGAGCUCAAUUCUCUGCACACAUCUGUCCGCAGUUUACAACUUCACCUGAAAACACUCUUAAACGAGGUCAUAAUUCUUGAGGAUGAUCUGGAAAAGUUAAUGGUUGCUAAGGAGACGGAGGAGAUGACGUGUGCGGGAUAUCAGGAGCUCAAGGAGCGUCUGCAGCUGCUGGAGCCUCACAUGCAGGCCAGCACCUGCUGCUGGGACGACACACUCGCUCAGGUCGACCGCAUGCUACGCCGAGUCUCCAGCUGCCCAGAGAGUUCAGAUCAGCCAGAGGAAACAGCUGCCCCAGAUCCCCCUCCUCCUGCCCCCAUUACACACAUACAGGACAGAGACCCUGUCCCAGAGGAACAGGAACUGGAGGCAUAUGUUUCGGACUCGGACUCUGAGACGGAGUGGAGAGGGGCCACGGACAUGCUGUCGCCAUGGGAACAGGAGCGCCAACGUCAUGAACGUGAGGAGUCCAGACGUGUCUUACUCGAGCUAAAAUCCGUCCUGGGAAUCCGAACAUCAGAUGGAGAGAGAGACAAGCGCAAGCUCCUGCUGUUUAGUGAUCAGGCCGCCCUGGCUCCAUUCGCUAAGGACACAUCAAAAACGGACACAAACUCUUUAGAGUCCAUGCCUACCACGGAUAACCAUGUCUCCCAACAAGGAGAGGAGAAUGAAUGUGAACAGCAGACUGAGAUUCUGAGUGGGCCGGAAAGAGAGGAUUCUGUUACUGAGUUUUGCUGUGGAGAUUCUGAUGUAACUGGGGCAGCUAAAGAGACCAGAGAUGAGACUGCAGAGGAAACACAGCUAUUCCAAUCAGACGGGCUUAUAGACGAGGGGCACCCGCUCACACCCAGAGUGCCCACCCUCUCUGUGAUUGACAGAUUGACAGAACUGCAUGGCUCAGAAGCGAUCAGUUUCAGCUCUGCCCUGGCCGCCCAGGUAGCAGCGCGCUCGCAUACGUUCGCACACAUGCAGGAAUGCACCUAUGAGGACUCGGAGGAGGGAGAAGCGACAUCACCGCAGACGAGAGAAACUGAAGAGGACUAAAACAGCAAGAUAUUUAUUCUCAUCCUUUUGGUUGUAUUUAUUAAGCUUGAUUUCAGGUCACAGACAUCAUUGGAUGUAGCUGGUGUGUGUGGGGGUGUGUGUGUGUGUGUGAAUCUGUUUUAAAGUGUAUUUGUGUGUGUGUGUUUGGGGGAUUUAUGUUUCAUGUGACAUCCCACGUCCACUCUCCUCAUGACAGGCCUCAGGUACAGACUGGCACAUGCUAGUACACAAAAAUAACAGACCAAAACCUAACAUUAACACACACUCACAUGUGCAAAACUACACGUCCUUGGCCAUGUCCCAGUUCCAUUCACUGUAACAGAGGUCCUACACAGAAUAACCAAAACGAACUUUUAAAAAGUCAAUUUUAUUGGGCAUAUCCCACAAAGUCCAACAAGAACAUGUGUGAGUCAUAUCUGACUCCAAUUAAAUUAAAUUAAAUUAGAAGGAAAAAUAAGUCUUUUAGCACACUUAAGGUUUUGUGUAUUGCUACAUUAUUUUCAUGACAAGCACUUUUUUUCAGCAUUCUUUUCAAUUAAAGCACAUUCUUUUUACCACAAUACAAAAUAAAGUUGUUCUUAAUGUAAUGCAAGAAAUACUGUGCAUUUUUGUGGCUUUAACAAAAGUAUUUAUAUAUAUAUAUAUAUAUAUAUAUUCAGAAUAUAUUUUUACUUUUUAUGCAUUGCGAAAAUGAGAAACUAUUUUCCCGCAUUACGGUAAUGACAGUUUCAUUUAUUUUGAAUUGUGGUAAUGUGAAUGAUUUUCAUUUUUUAUUUUUAUAUUAGGGUAAUGAGACUUUGUCCCCUUUAAAAUACUAAUGACAAUUUUAUUAUGUAUUUUCAAUUGCGGUGAAAUGAAAAAUUUAAUUUAAUUUUUUAUUUUUUUCAUAUUACAACAUUUUUUUUUGGGGGGUUAUUUUGAAUUGUAAUGAGUAAUCCUGAUAUUGAUUUUCUCUUUCUUUCUUUCUUUUUCUUUGAAAAAUCAUUUUCAUUGCCAAAAUGAAUAAAAUCAUCAUUAGUAUAAUGGAUGGAAUUAUUACCAUACUUUUUCUUGCCAGUAACGACAAUAUGUUGAAUUGCAUAGUACAGACUGGAGCCAGACUGGAAAAACGUGUGUGUGUGUGUGUGUGUGUGUGUGUAUAUAUAUAUAUAUAUAUAUAUAUAUAUAUAGGAAAAUAAUGUCAAGCAAACAAUGCACAAAAUCUUAAUUGUACCAAAAAUAGGCUUCCCUUUCUCUAUGAAGAUUUUAAUUUUGGGAUGCAAUCUAUAUCCACGCAUGCAAUUCACCUCAUUAAUUAUAACAAAAAGGCAAAGUUAAUACCCACAUUGCAGCUGGUGUUUUGUCCUAAAAAAAGACAGCAUCUCUCCUGCCGUGAAGCCUCCAUUUUCUAGGUUUGUUUUUGCGCGGUUGUUCUUUAUGGAAAUAAAUAGCUGCCCUGAUUUCAUUUCUGUAUCAGACUUUGACAGUUUCUGUUCAGACACAGCUGGAGUUUAACCACUGUGACCAUCACAGGGUUAUUGCUUCAAAGCAAUUACAAAACUAUACUUGUUGCCAGUUUCAAGCUUUUAAACUGCCUGAAAUUGACAUUUUUUUUUUACCCUCAGUUUUUCAGCUCCUCAGCGUCUACACUUCGCAUAAAACCAUAAAUUAUCAGGUCCUUAUUAAAGUUAAGAAAAAACAAAUGCUGAUUUUAGGAUUCUUCUCAAAUAGUGCUCAAGGCUGCCUCGGCCUUUCACACAAAACCCAGUUUUAAACUUAAACCCACUUUUAACACUGUGGAAAGUGUACGAAGCUACAGUUUAACUUGCCUUAAACAGUGUUCCCUUGUAAGGACUGUUGCACUUUACAACUACACUUAAAUGUUAUAAUGAGACUUAGAAUGUUAAUGACAAUGUUGAUAAAGCCAGAGAGCAAAAUCGUAGAUAUAACAAUGUUUGUGCGUGAAUUAUAUGAUGUUUUUAUGUCUAACAUUCUUAACUAAUUUCCCCCCAUGCAUAUGCAUGACUCUCAAACAAUCGUCUUGGCCAUGGCAGAGACUGUCUGUGUUUGUCCUCACUCGACACCAGUUUUGCCUUUUCUAAAGGUUAAAGUUUUUCCUCAGUCCAAAAGUGGCAGUCUUGCAUUUCAUUUGUGAAAUAAAGUACAUGUACAUA